AUGGCUUCUCGUUGGCAGUUGUCGAAACUAUUUCGACUUUCAAAGAGAUUAUAUUCUCAGCCAGUUAAUGUUCUCACACCUCAGAAAACAAGAAACAUUGGAAUCAUAGCACAUAUCGAUGCUGGUAAAACCACCACGACUGAACGUAUGAUUUACAAUACUGGUAAAAUAAGAAGAAUAGGUAAUGUUGACGAUGGGGAUACAGUGACAGACUAUCUACCAUCCGAAAGAGAUAGAGGUAUAACUAUUCAACUGGCGGCAAUAACACUUUCUUGGGGAAAUCACAGAAUAAAUCUUAUUGAUACACCAGGACAUGCCGAUUUCACGUUUGAAGUCAUUAGAUCUUUACGAGUAUUGGAUGGCGCAGUUACAAUUUUAGAUGCAGUUGCUGGAGUCGAAGCUCAAACCGAAAAAGUUUGGAGACAAGCAACUAACUUGAAUAUCCCUAAGUUGAUUUAUAUAAACAAGAUGGAUCGUCCAGGAGCUGGGUUCAGUAGAGCCGUAAAAGAAGCAGUUCAAAAAUUAGAGACUCGUGUUGUUCUUUGUAAUUUACCAUACUUUGAAACAUCUAAAGAUGGUGACAUGAUUUUCAAAGGGGUUGUUGAUGUUAUACAAAAGAAAUUAUUGAUCUGGGAUGAAGAAGUUGAAGAAGGAAAGAAUAUCAGUGUUAGUGACAUAGAUGAAACCAGGCCAGAAUUACUUGAAAUGUUACAGAAAUCGAGGGAAUCUAUGGUGGAAACACUUGGCGAGUUUGACGAAAGAAUUAUAGAUUCAUUUUUGGAGAACGAAGAAGAUCAUAUGUUAGUCCCACCAGCUUUGUUGGACGAAGUAAUCAGAAAAGCAACUAUUGAACAUUACUUGACUCCAGUAUUUUGUGGAUCAUCAUUCAAGAAUAUUGGUGUACAUCCAAUAAUGGACGGCGUUGUGAAAUAUUUACCAUCUCCACUUGAAAUCGAUACCCCUGUAAUUACGAGCAAGGGCAAAGAAAUUAAAACUUCUCGUGAUUCCGCAGGAAAGUUGAUUGUUGACAACAAUAAGGAUUUGACACUUGCAUUGGCAUUCAAAGUCAUGACUUUAGAUCGUCGUCCAAUGACAUUCGUCAGAGUAUACAGUGGAAGACUUAAUAAGUCCUCACAAGUCGUUAACACUAGAACAGGUAAGAAAAUGUUGGUAAAAAGUCUUUUGAUAAUGAAUGGUGAUAGCCCAGAAGAAAUUAAAGAUGUUGAAUUGGGUAAUAUUUGUGUUAUUCCAGGUUAUGAAACCGAAUUCCAAACAGGCGAUACUUUAGUGUCUCAUGCAUCGUUCAAAAAACUGAAUUUUAGCCCACGUGAAUCAAGUUAUACCUUGUUACCUAUUGAUAUUCCUCCACCAUUGUUUAAUUCUGCGAUUGAACCCAAAACAGCUGGAGAUGAACAGUAUAUGAAGAAAUGUGUUGAAAAACUUAUUAGAGAAGACCCAUCAUUAAAAGUACACUUUGAUGAAGAAAUGGGACAAUUGAUUUUGAGUGGUAUGGGUGAAUUGCAUUUGGAAAUUGCUCGUGAUAGAUUAGUUAAUGAUAUGAAAGCCAAGGUCAAUUUGAAAGAUGUGGUUGUUUCUUACAAAGAAUCGUUUGUUGGAAAAAGCGAUAAAGUUGCUGAAAUCAAGAAUGAAAAUAUUGAACUUUCUUUGACAAUAUCACACAUAGAUAAUGCCAGGGACUUUAUUGGCCAAGAAGGUGCCAAAGUCAUAGACGAAGACAACAACGUUGUAUUAUUACCAGAAUCAGCUGCUUCUGAACAUGUUAAAAGCACAUUGGAUGAAAGAAGAUGGAAAUGUGAGAAUAGUAUUGAAGAAUUACAAGAUUCUUUAGUUAAUGGUUGCUCCACAGCACUUCUGAUGGGUGGUCCAGUAUUGGGAUUCCCGUUACAUUCAACAUUAAUUACAGUUAAUAGUUGGAAUGCUCCUGUUGAUCAAAAUCCAGAGCAAGUUUCCAAUUUGAUGAAUGCUGCAAGACAAGCAGUGCAAUCACUCAAAGAUGAUGAGCAAGAUUUUGGAAUUCUUGAACCGAUUAUGAAAACUCGAGUUUAUGUUGAUUCAAAUGAUUUGGGUGAAGUUUCUCAUGAUUUGACCCAAAGAUGUCAAGCAGUGAUUCUUGAAAUCGAAGAUCAAUCAAUUCAAAACUUGGAAAACGCUGCAUGGGCUAAAGAAGAGUCUGAGAGAAUGUACCUUCCACCAGAUUAUACCAUCAAGAAAUCCAAUAAUGCCAUGAAUGAAAUUGCAAAUAAGAAAGUAAUUGUUGCUGAAACACCAUUAAGAGAAAUGAUUGGUUAUUUAUCCAAAUUAAGAUCAUUGACUCAAGGUAGAGCUACAUUUGAUAUGACAUUCCUUGGAAUGAGAAGAGCUGUUGGUAGUAGAGUCGAUGCAAUUGCAAGUGAAUAUAGAUUUUAA